AUGGAGCUUUUAGAUCCAUAUUCAUCUACUCAUUCCGAAGGAGCUACCGAUAUUCCACAGUGCUCAUUAAGUUCGGACCAUUUCGUCGGCCGAAUAAAUGUAUCUUUCGAAGAAAUCCCUUUGGAGCAAUUGGAGGAGAUGUACAAUUACUUGGAGCCAGGUGGUCACAAUAUUCCGGACGAUUGUCGGGCUGCGAACCGUAUAGCAGUAAUCGUUCCGUAUCGGGACAGACAAUCUCACCUUCGUAUACUUUUGAAUAAUAUGCACCGAUUCCUCACAAAACAAAAGUUGGACUAUUCCAUUAUAGUGGUGGAGCAAAUCGAAAAUCAAACGUUUAAUCGAGCUAAGUUGCUCAAUGUUGGGUUUAUGGAGGCCAACAAAAUCUACAAAUGGCAAUGUUAUCUGUUCCAUGAUGUGGACCUUCUACCGGAAGAUGACCGUAAUUUGCACACUUGUCCUACCAAUAAUCCACGGCAUAUGGCAGUAGCAGUGAAUAAAUUUGACUACAAAGAUGUUUGGCAUGAGCUCGGCACUUACGUUGGAUCAGUUCAAGAAGAACGAAUGGAUUUUCAAAUCGAUACUGGGGAUGGGGUGGCGAAGAUGACGACAUGUAUAAGAGAAGAGGCAUCAGCACUGAUUGAUAGUAACGAGCAGAAAGCCCUCACCAAGCCGCCCAGUAUUCUGUACAUCAUCAUUCGAAAAUUCAACAAUAGAACUACACAGUUUAGGAUCGAAUUUGCUGGAUAUAAGUUGUUACUCCUUUUCAGGUGUCGACACAAGUUGCUAGAACAUACGAAAAAGGACUGGAGAAGUGACGGCUUGAACACAUUGAAUUACAAAGUUGUUAAUAUUACUUUUGAAAAUCUGUUUACUCACAUCGUAGUUGAUUUGUUAGAGGCAACAGAAAGACCUCCUCUCGAGAAACUAUUUUGCCACUAA